UUUUUUCAUCGAAUCUUCUUUUGAAUAAACUAAAACUAAGAGCUGUUAAUAAGUUAAACGCGAUGUAAACUUUGGAUUCGUCAGCACUUAGGGUGAUUUUAUCUUGUUAAUAUCUACCGGAAACGCUGGCGUCUCGCGAAUCCUAAAAAUCUGACUUGCGUAAGAUAUUGCGAGAGGAUUGCUAACCAAAGCUAUCGUGAACUUUUUUAGCGAUUCCUCUUGAGUUGCUUCACCUGCUGAAACUGGGAGAACCAAUAAACACGACCGGUUUUCUCUUGACGUCUGGUUUCUAAAAAAAACAUGAAAGCGGUCCUUCUCGCCGCUGGCUACGGAACCAGGCUCCAGAGGGACGUGGUGGCCGACACCAGCGGGAGGUUCGCACACCUGGCUGGGACUGCGAAGCCGCUGCUGCCGGUGGGACACUGUGCUCUAAUCAGUCACUGGGUCCAGGCUCUGACCGUCUCUGCCGCCGUGGAACAUAUCUUUGUUGUUACCAACGCUCUGUACCAGGCUGCAUUUGAAGAGUGGGCUGCUCAAUUCACAAACGUCAAGAUUGUCAGCGAUCAGACAAGAAAUAAUGAUGAGCGUCUCGGUGCUGUGGCCUGCCUGCAGCUUGCUGUCAAGCAUUUCAACAUAGACGACCAUGUUGUAGUUAUUGGAGGUGACACCCUCUUCGAUGACGAUUUCAGCCUCAGACAAGUCAAAGAGAGGUUUGCUGACCUCCAAGCGAAGUGUGAGGACAACUGUUUAGUGCUGUCAUACCAGUGCAAAGAUGAAGAAACCCACAAAUAUGGGAUACUGGAAGUAGACGAUGAGCUCCGCGUCACAUGUAUGAAGGAGAAACCUCUUCCUUCUGAGACCGAGUCAAGGAGAGCGUGUCCUUGUUUCUAUGUGUUUUCAAAGAGAAGUCUUCCUAUGUUGGACACCUUCCUUGAGGAAAAGAAGGAAGCACCUAUUGAACAGAAAGAUGCCCCAGGAAACUUUGUGUCUUGGCUCAUUCCGAGGAAGCCAGUAUACAUUCAUCAGAUUUCGGGCCGUUUCGAUGUUGGAAACUUGUCUUCCUAUAUUGAAUGCGACCGUUACUUCAGAGAAAAUCUCAAAGAUGUCAAGUCUUACAUGGUCUAAGGACAUGAAUGAUAACAACGCUACAAUGUCCAAAGGCAGCCGAGAUGUGACAUCAAUGGCCAACAAUCUGUGCAUUUUAUAUUCAAACAAUCCUUCAGCUCUUCAUUACAACCAGUGAUUUGUCUAACCAGUGAGGAGCCUUCUGCAUCUGUCAGAGGCCUUUUCACGACUGUCCUCCAUCUUGGCGAUGCGGGAGCCGAACUGCAUGGCUCUUUUGGGCAGGACCGCAGACGGACCGAGGCCCAGCUGUUUCGCCGCCAGCCUCAGGAGGAGUUUCUCUCCGACUCCUCGAGGAAGAGACGGAUCGGCUUUUUCCCACACAGGCAGAGAAUUCAGGUGAUUCACCAUGUCCUCGUCCAAGUAGGGAAAUCUGCAGGACGCAAGAGGGACAUUUGUUAGAUUCAACAUACUCUGAACAACAGAGGGGAAUGGAAUUUCGUCUGCUGUGCUCAUGACAACAAUAUUUUUGAUUAAAUAUUUUUGCAGUAA